GCACUGUUUGUUCCUUCGCGGACGCCGUACGUCAUUGUUGUCAACAAUCAUGGCGUCCUCAAUGUCACUUCUCGGCUUGAGACGUUUGUCUUUGAUAAAUGCAGCUUCUAGAUUGAUCCUGAAUCCCAUCAGGUAAACGCAUAUUACUUUUUAUAUUGAUUUCAUGGUCGCGCAAGUGACUAUGAGUCAUUUCUUCACAUUUUAUUUUCUAUUUAAAGUCGAUUAAAGAAGGCCCAGCGCUUGCAUGUCACAGGCUAGUGAUUGUAAGCUAGCUAGCCUGAACACGAAUUACACUUGAAUAAAGCUAGUUUGGCGUUUAACUCGGUACAGAGUGUGAGUUUACACAUUCAACUACAAUGCUUUUCGCAAAUUUGGACUUUUAAGUGUGUAGGCUGUCAGCUAAUGUAAAUGUUAACCGGUGUCCUUUCAGCAGCUCAGCUAGCCAGGUGGUCAGCUAACUCUCACUGUGGUUGUGUGUAGCUGUGUGUCAGACAUGAGUUUAGGAAGAACACGAUUAAAUCCUGUUCAGCUCUUUACAUCUGCUGCAUACCAUCACUAAUAUUCAGCUAAACAGGAGCUUUAUUGAAUAACAGAGCUAACCGAACGCAUCCAACUUACACAAAAUAGCUAUGUUAUCCUGCAGUGAAGUGUAGCAUCCUCUCUGGUGAACAAGUACACGUCAAAAUCAAGACUUUUAGGAUCUUUAGCUAUACUUUAGAUUAAAUGAAAUUGUAGCAGGGUUUGGGGGUGUCUGGAGUACAAUGUACUGAAAGCUCUCCCUGAUAUUUUGCUGCUGUACGGGUAGGGCUGGGUGAUAAAACGAUAACGAUAUAUAUCGAAAAUUAAUUUCCCUCGAUAUCGAUAUGAGUUACAUUCCUGUAGGAAAAGCACUUUAUAAAUAAAGUUUGAUUGAUUGAUAGUAGCAGGCUGCAGCUACAUGCAACCACAGCACUUCAACACUGAAAACAGCCGACCAUUCAGUCCGCUUUCUCUAGCGCAGUGGUUCUCAAGUCCAGUCCUUGAGGACACCUGAUUCAAAUGAUCAGCUCGUUAUCAAGCUCUGUAAUGGCUCACUAACGAGCUCAUCAUUUGAAUCAGGUGUGUUGGAGCAGGGAAACAUCCAAAACAUGCAGGACAGUGGGCCACGAGGACUGGACUUGAGAACCACUGCUCAAGCGCAAUGCCUUACGAUAAAACAUCAAAGAGACACAAAGACCUCACAGAUUCAGUAGCUUAUUGUGUUGGAAAAGACAUGCUAGCAAUAAGCACUGUUAAAUUUAAUUUUUUAUAUCAUGAUAUAUACUGAUAUUGACUGAUAUGAAAAAAUAUAUUGUGAUAAACUUUUUCCCAUAUCACCAAGCCCUACGCACAAGUUACCAAAACAGAGGGAGCACCUUUCAGCUUAACACAAUAUAACCACCACCACCCAGUAUGUCUUUAUCAUUAAAUAUGGAGAGCAUUAAACUUACUUGUCUGAACAGUUAGGAGCUUUCUGAGAGUAGAGUUUAUGGCAGAGCUGUUUUAUGGAUUGCAAUAGAGAUGUAAAGUCAUGGUUUGUCUUCAUAAACACAGCGUCUGACUAUUUUCUCAGCUGGAAGGGCAAAAUAACAGUAAACUGUGUUUUGGUGAACAAAAGUGUUUUCUUCUUGCUUGGUUAUCAUGUAAAGUUCACCCAUGCCAAAUGUAAUAACAGCAGUCAUGAUGCCCAACAACAGUGUUUUAUUUUGUCAGUUUCUCCAAGCCUUGUAGAUAUUUGAGCGUGUCAGAUGACAAAAUUAACCUCUAUCCAUUUAAGCAAAAGCCUUCCUGGAGUGUUUUUCCUGCCGAGCCUCCCCACCGAUUUUUAAUGCUCCCUGGAUUAUAAAAAGUCAUGUAAACUUCUCAACCCCAAACGGGUUCUCUGUCGGAUACAGAAGCUCCUGUUAUAUUAAACACUGAGACAGGGCAGGUUGUCAAAACAUCAUACUCAGGUUUGAUCUAGCCGGUUGUGCGAAGAGAAAGCACUUUUUUCAGUAUUUUUGCUAACUUUGAUUGUUUUUCUUUGCUGAAUGAGAAAUAUUUCUGUUUUCACAAUGGCCCCCCCAUGCUUUAAUAACCAAACUUUGGCCUCACCGUGUGCAAGAUGAGGUUAUUAAGUAGUAGAGACAGCUUUGACAGCAUUGCUUAACAAAAACAUUAAUGUUACUGUCCAAGUUUGGAUUAAUUAUGAAUAGUUUCACGGUCUUACGGUAACUUCAUAGAAAUACUGAUUAUAAGAAAUACACAUCAUAAAAUCUGAAGACAGCUCGCUGGAACAGAGAGUUGGCCUUUGAAACAAAAUCAGGUUAUUGAAAUAAUUGUGAAAGGCUGAUCAGUCAUUGAACAAACAUUAGAAUAUCUAGCACACAUGUUUCUCAUUUAAGGGUAAUAAUAAUUAAGGAUAAGUCAUGUUUUCAGUAGUAAUCACUCAGCUUUUACAUACAAGUUAAUAUUUCCUUUAUUUCAAAUCAGAUGAGUUAUAUUGUUAAAUGAUUCUCCUGACAGACAAUAGUUCAAAGCAUUGAAACACAUGUGAACAGGAAAAGGCGAUAACUACUCCGAAUUAUUUAUGAUGGUGAAACCAGCAAAUAUUUGAUAUUCAGUCAGCAAAUGAGAAGAAUUAUAGCCGCUCUGAAAGGGAACCGUCUAAUCGUUUUCUGAUAAUAAUCAUAUCUCAUAAUAAACAAAUAAACAAAUCCAUACAAACUAGUAGUCCAACACUCUUUCUUCAGCCUUGGUCAUGUACAAAUAAACUAUGUAGUAUCAUAUAUAAUGAAAGCAGUCUGUAGGACUUUUCCUAAAGGAAACGAAUAUUUUAGUUUGAACUUAAUCCAUGUUUCAAUGUUUAACUCUAACUGUGUUUGUUACACUGAUUUAGUGAUAGGAAUUACGAGUCCUUUGUAGCGAGCCGGAUCAUUCAGCUCCAAAACAGCUCUUCAUUUUACCACUUACACAUUUUCUAAUUCAGCCAAAUUUAGUGUUUGCCUUAUGAUAUGUUUGUAUGUGUACACAUACCUCUUAAAUAAUUCAAUACAUCCUUUGUACUGAAGUAUUCACAAGUAAAAAUUAAAUUUUCUAAUACCAGUAAAUUGCUGUAGCCAAUUGUUUUCACUGCAUUUACAGACCUGUGUAUCUCUCUGAAACCACCCAGUUAAUGUGCUGACUUGCUUAUAGAACCACUCUUUUUUUUUUUUCCACGGUCUGUGGGGGGAAAAAACAGAGAAAAAAAGAAAAGGCUCACAUCGUUCACGUUAAAGAGUCGGCUCUUCGAACCGGGUCAUUUGCGACCAACACACAACACAACAUUGAUUUUUCUAAUUAUCUUUAAACAAAAAGUCGAGUGACAGUAAAAAGUUUCCUAUUUUUAAAGUUGUGCUUCUUGCAGUAGAUAUAAGGUUGUAAUUAUAUGGUAUAGAGAAUCCAGUCAUCUUCGAUGGUUCGAGCUCUGUCCUGGUCAAAGGGCCGCUAUGGCACAUCGCUGUUUUGUGACAGGACACGGCUGCACAUUCACAAAGAGCUACACAGUCCUCGCCUGACAGUUGACCACAGCCAACAUUAAGCACGUCCUGUCAUUAGGAUGAGAACGAGAGUCUGCCAGAGAUUCACCAGACAGAACUAAUAGGUGGCGGGGGGGAUUCCCUCCUUGUGUCAUCCUUUCUCUCUGUGUCCUCACCCCACCGCUUCCUCCAAGAUAGUCCCUGUUUGCGGAGUUGACUCGUUGGAGUAAUUUACCUCUUUGUUGCUUGUCUGCCUUUUGGCUGUUUGUGCUUUGCGUGUAAUGUCUACCUAAUGGUUUUCAGGUCUACAAGCACAACCACAUCGAGGCUGGCAGAGAAACCAGGACAAGACACGCAACUUAUCACAGUUGAUGAGAAACUGGUAAGUAUCCCUCCCCUUUCAACGUGACACCGGGAUUGUCGUUUGUCUGGUCUGCCAAUUACCUCGCUGGAAAACUUGUUAAAAAACGCUCCUAUUCUCCUCUGCCAAGAUCUGCUUGCAUUAGACAGUAGGCUUUUGUAGCAUUAUGAUGGAAAGGGCAAAUGUUAUCAUUGGUAGUUCUGUCUGUGCUCACAGCUCCCAAUAAUCCUCUCUGCGGGACCCUUCCAACUUUUGAUAACAACUCAUUAAAAAGGUGACUGCAAUUACCGACAAGAUUACAGAUUACUCAAUAGAGUAUAGGUGAAAAAUUCAACAUAAUCAUUUCAUUUUGAUUUACUCAAAUCCAGAGGAGCAUCACUUUGAUUUGGAAAAUAGACUCUGAGACAGCUAAGCUUAAAAGUUUUUAUGAUGUUGCUUUGGUGUUUAGUCCAGCACAUGAUACCACAGGAGACACACUGCACAGUUUAUCGCCUUCUGCAUGACGGCAGAGCUUUUAACGAUGUCUCUAACUUGAAGGCAUUAAAGUGAUCAACACUUCACCUCUACAGUUUUGACAAAAUCUGAUUUUUUUUACCUCAUACAAGUUUUUUUCCACGGUCACAAAAAUGACCACAGUGACUUGUAGGUGAAGUGAAGGUGAAGGUCUUGCUAUAGUAGUGAUUUAAUAUCAUGAUCUGUGUUUUAUCUAAGCUCCAGUUAAUUCAGCACAGCCUAAACCCAGGUGUAAGGAUGAAGCUGUGAUUUUACCUUUAAAGCAACAGAAGGAAUUUAUUUCAUUGUUCUAAAAGUUUUGAAGCUCUGAUCUUCGCCCGGGGUUUCUCAGUUGGUUGAUUUGCAUGUUUCCUCGCUGCCUUUAUUCACUUUGAUGCACAACAUCCCUCAUCUGUUUCUGUUAUGUCCUUGGCCAAAGAAAAGUUUUUACAAAAUCACUUUUUUGUUUUCUGUGUUCAAGUGUCCUUUCUCGUUCACUUGGCAAAUGCAACACGAACAAGUGUUUUGAUGAUCUUGAGCAUUUCAGCUAUUGUUUACUUUGUGAAAAACUUAAAAAUGGAAAUGGAAUUGUAAAGACUGCUUCACAACCUGAAAGGGUCAUCUGUAUUUAUGAAGUGGGAAACAGGCUACUUAGUUUUUAUUAAAUAACCAUAAACGUCCAUUCCAGUACCUUUACUUUAGGGACCUUACCAUCUAGAGAGUGUGGUCCAUUAACUUUGUACAUGCCAGAGGAUUCAACGUCAUUGAUGUACAGAUAUUUCAUCCUGACCGUGUCAGAGGAAAAUCUGCUGACUUGAUUGGGGUUACUGUCACAGAGCUCAGUUUGGACUCUGUUACUGAUGGAGGAACAGUUUCUGGUUACCCCAUUGCCGGGUCAGCACAGGCCACGUUAGGUCUACCCCAUUUCACUAUGAGCAUUUCUCUGGUGAGGUGAAGUGGAGCACCUUAGGUCCAGCCUCUGCUGGGCUGAACGAUUUUGGAAAAUAAUCUAAUUGCGAUGUUUUCCCUCAAUAUUGCGAUUUAAUAUGCAAUUAAUUUUUCAAGGUCCUCUUCUAAUGUAUUUUUUAACACAACAAUAAAUCAAUCGGUAUUAUAAUAAAAUACAGUAUAACAAUAUCGGAUAAAUUAUACAGAGUUGGUCUUUCUGGGAACUAUCAUUUUACACACACAGACACACAAGCGCUCUCUCUGCUCACACACUAUCACGCACACACAUGCAUGCACCAUCAUAUAAGUCAUGAUACUAAUCUACGUACUGACAGCAAGAUGUAAUCGGUGCCCAAAUCACUGGAGUCAGGUCUAUUCAUUCAGCUGUGCUGCCAUCACCGUAUUGGAUGUGUUGUCCGCUGUUACGCAGACGUGGUUUGAAGUUGAAGCACUGGUGUUUUAGUCAUUCAACUAUCUUACACGGCUUUGUUGCGAUUUUUUUUAAGUGUUGAUCAAGGUUCAUAGUGUUUCCUCCUGAUGCAGCAAAAGCAGCACGACAGGUUCUGCACACAUUGCGCAGCAGCAUCUUUUUUUGGCGAAAUAAAUCCACACACCUGCCGUGUUGCCCUUCUUUGGUACUAAACUUUGGAGUAAAGCUUUAGUGCGACAGAGUGCAGUGUUGACUUCUCUCUCUACCUGCUCUGCUUCACUCAGUCAUGUGACCAGUCAAAAUCGCAGCCUUAGAAAAUUGCGUUUUAUCAUAUCGCAAUGUGAUCACAAAUGCAAUCGUUCAGCCCUAGCCUCUUGGUAGCUCAUAGCCCUCUUUAAGGCAGCUGCUCUGCUGGUCACAGCAGAUGCUCCAGUUGGCUUUAUAUCUGCAGAUGUUAAUUAAAAACAGUCAAACGUUUAUUUUAUCCUCCGAUUCUGCUUCUUCUCUGCUGCGGUCGCCUCACUUUCACUGUCAUUGGUAAUUCAUUAUUAGUCCUUUGAUGAUGGUGUUGAUCCUCACUCAUAAACAAAAAUCCGUUUCAGUCGAUUUAAAGAUAAAAACACCUGACUUGUGUCGCGCUCCCACAUAGGAAUGAUUUGGUCUGUUUUCCACACAAACAUCCACUUUCGAAACCAUAAUUUCUGUAAUAUGGUCACCAGAUGAAUCAACGCUGAAGUCAAUCGUCAGUUGUAACCCUUUGGAAAGGCGUACAGAUGGCCAAGAAAUCAUCUUCCUCAAGGACAAUUUUGCUGUGAAAUUCCUGUUUUUAUUCCUGGUACUUAUGUCAGCAAUUGUUAAAAGCCAUCUGUUAUUGAAGAGAGCAUUUAUCCAAUUGAAGCAAAAAUGCUCUGUUUUCCACCAUCUACAUUCAGGAACCUCAUCUUCACUUGGAGCGUCAUUGUGGUCGGUUGUUUUGUUUUUAUCUCUGUCAUUUCUCUCUGAAGUUUUAGACUUUUGCUCUGAUGCAGCUUGGACUGACAGGAGAAAAUCUCGUUUCCUGGUUAAAGGUUCAUUACAGAGUCACUAAUUUACGUCGGUAACGUGUCUCUUAACGGUGCGGUACAGCUCUGUGUUUAAUCAGACAGGUUUUUGUGUGUUAUUUUCAAAAGCUCAGCCUAAACAGCGGUGAGCGUUUCAUGUAGCCAAGGUUAGCGAUGCACUGCCUGUCCAAAACAAAGAAGAGCGAUCUUUGAAGUGAAGGCUUUGUCAUUAAGAGGAGAUAGGAGAUAACGGAGAAAGAGGGGAGUUUGGGGGAGAAUGUGGGAGUCUGUUGUGGACUUGUCUGGGGGGGUUUGCUGUGUGUGGGCAGCGUCAGUGCGCUUUUGUUCCAGACCAAAGCUGACCAUACUGGCAGACAAACCUUUGGCUGGGCGGAGUGUCUGUCUCUGUCCUCUCAGUAGGGGCCACUGAGAGGAACAGCAGAGGAGAGGAAAAAAAGGGCCUCUAAAAAAUGGGGAGGGGGUGAAAGAAAAGAAGCUUGCAUGGAAAAAAGUUUGUGAGACACCCUGAGACUCACGAAAAAGACAGUGGCCACUUCAGUGUUGUCGGCCACAGAGGUUCCUUUGUGGCAUGCUGUUGCUGGCGACGGUGGGAAGUACUCUAAUGCUCACCCAGACAGGCCAAAAAGAGAGGCCCUCAGCUGUUUACAGUACAGUGGUCUCCGUCUCACAUGGAAGAGGGCAAUGAGAGCAUUCUCCCUUUUGGGCAUUCAGCGUAUGUCAGCACGCUACUCAUUCAUCAGCAUGUCAAUAAGUGUGAAUUGCGUUCUGGUUAGGCCAAUCAAACAAAGGUCUCGAUCCACUGAGGGGUUAUGCCGGGUUUGCACGCUGUCUCCCUGGAGCAGCCCCGAGGAGAAAGUGGUGUGCCGCUUGUUCUCUAGUGAACUUUUCUGAAUAACCUCAUUUAGAUGAUGUUGCAUUUUGGCGAGGGCAAACGAUAUUCUGAAUACACUCCAAAAACUCUGUCUGAACGUUUGUGUGACACUCAUUAUCUUGUCCUUGGUUCUCGUCUGUCCGAAAAAAUGCAAAGCUUUACAGGAACUUGCGUCUCCGCUGUUUGUUCAGACAUCUCCAUUACAGGCAAAUUUAGGAUGGGAAGGGCAAGAAGCUCCUGCAGAUUAAACACAAUAACUAAUCCGGCCAAGAGGAGUUUGAAGGGCAUUUGUGAAAGACUUCAUAUGGGGCCAGGGGUUGGGAGAUAAUAGGAAUUUUUUUUUAGCAAUGAAUGAGCCUUAAAGGGUCUUAAAUCAUUAUUAUUAUUUUGUACUUUAUUUACAAUUUUUAACUUUACAAAACUGAACAACACAUACUGGAACAAAGAAACAAACAAGAAUAAUUUUUUUUUUAAAAGAUUAAAAAUAAAUAAAUAAAAUAAAGACAAAAGAAAGAGGGGCUUCCAGACAAUUGUUAAUUACAUGAAUAGACUUAAAGCAAAAAAACAAACAAACAAACAAAAAAAAUUCAUAUUUACAGUUGUAAUGUACAGCACCAAAUAAGUAUUUUUGAUUCUGGACAUUCAAACCUCUGAAAGCUCUUUUUUGUGGUGUUGACAGUAACUCAUCUAAGAUUUAAAAUCAAGGUUUAUUUCACCAAGUUAAGAAACUGUCCCUGUCUUAAGACCUGGAUGGAGCCUCGGUUGUACUUUAAUGUUGCUGUAUUUAAUGAAUGCAUUGGUUUAAGUUGUGAUGUGUUCAUGUUGCAGUCAGAGAGCUCAUUCCCACCACCUCAAAGUCACCAGAAACAGUGUCAUCAGGUUUCAGACAUUUCUCAAGAACAUGUUCAAGGUCUUGUAAUCAAAGUGUGAGAACUUUCUGAUUUUGCAACAGCCAAGUCCGUUCGAAAAAACAGGACAUAACCACAAAAAUUGUACAUGUAACCGUUUCCAGAUUUUUAUUAAAUUAAGAUAAGCUGUUUUUGAAUAUUUUCAGACUCUUAAUGGACUCGAUGAUUUCUCCAAAUCAUCUUUCAGCUCGAAGUAUAAAGCGAGAGCCUUUUCGCAGAUAAACUUUGUUUUGAUUCCGUGCGACACGUUAAAUAGCCCCAAAACAUGAAAAACAAGCUUAAAACAAAGCUUUGAGGGCAUUGUCUGAAUUUCAGAAAUGUUGCCAAGUAGAAAGACCUGCGUGAUGGAGCUCCAGUGCCCAAAGCUGUUCCCUAGAGUGCCCAUGCCGACCUGCUUUUGUUUGUAAUUACUGUUUGAUUAAGCAUGCUGGGCAGCUCUCAGGGUCCGGCUGGCUGGCCACUGAUACACAGCUAUACACGGAAUGUCUGCGACCUCGCUCAAUUAGAGACCGGCCUCUGCUUUACUCUCUGGCCCUCUGCAGAAACAAGCGCCGUUAUAACCUUAGCAGCUGCUUCAAUAUGCCGUAAUACAAUUUCUCCCACUUAUGCCAGAGUGUCUGAGCGUUUACUCCUGCUUCAGCUGCGGCCAAGUGCACUCCCUCUCUGCACAUAAAGACAACACCAUAAUCUUAAAGCGCUUGUGAAGCCUUGUUAUAGAGUUCUCUAAAGGCACUAGGGUUUUACGAGACAGAGGAGGACAGUUAUUAGAGUGUGGGGAAUAGAGGGAGGAAGGAGGGAGGAAGACGGGGAGAGGAAUAGAGGAUUACAUUGGUAAAAACCAUUUGACGCUCCGCAUGUUGAGUUUGCUUACUUGAAAUGUUUGGUUUCUCGCAAAUUUAGAGCAUAAUGCUCUCUUGGCAAGUAAGUUCACAUCUGGACCAAAGAUGUGGGGUUUGAUGGCAGUGAGUUGGUGGAGUCUGAAGCAGGUUGUUGGUUGUUUUGAAAGGCAGAAAUUGAAAUCAGAUUGAGAAAUCCUCAGCGUGUCAGUCAGGAUUUAUCAUCCGGAGAUAUCAGAGAGUACCCCUGAUCCGGAGGUCACUCACACAAAGAUGAAAACCAGAGGUCAUCUACUGGUUGUGGACUUGCUAGUUUGCAUUUCAGCACACGGGGAAAAUCACUUUGUGAAGAAUUGAAAGAGUCAUCAGGAAGAGUACCAUGGUCCACUUUCUGUCACGUUUGGAAAUAAGAAGACAACAAAGACGCUAAAUCAGAGUAAAACCCAGCCGGGCGUCUAUGAGGAUCGGUUGAGCUGGUGCACUUUAAAUCUGCAGUACAGGGGUGUACAUUCUCUAAGCCCGUCUAGCCUCAGACACUGAGUGACCUACAGUGCAGCAGACCACAUUCACCGCUCAACCCCCCCUUCCUCUUCCUCACUCAUCCUCCCCUCCCACCCUUCCUCCCUCCCUCCCUCCGCCGCACAUACAGACAACUUAAGUGUCUGUUUUGUCUGGUUGCCCUCUCAUACAGUGCGCUUAUCCACAGACACACACACACAAAAAAUGUCCCCGCUCAAGUUUGGAGUAGUUGGUCAGAGGAUAUUGGUCUUUGAAGAAGGCCAGACAAGAGGCUUUAUUAUGUAUCAUCCACUAAAUAGUAUUUCAUUCAUUAACACUCUCUUCCACAGAGACUAAGCCUCUUAAGAGGACUCCUCAGCCCUGUCAGCGCUGGCUAGUUUUAGGAAGUGUCUCGCUGUUGAGUGUUAUGUUUGCAGGGCGCAUGAAAAGGUUCGCUUCUUCUGUUUUACCCACACUAUUGUGUCAUUUUUACAUAAGCUGUAAGCGAACAGCUCUUUUUCUUUGAUUAUGUGUUUAUAAAUUAUCAACAAGUAUGAUUCAUUAUUAUAUUUAUCUCUACUUAUCGCAUUUUAUCAUCCUAGAACAAGCCAAAGCAGAAAUAAUAAAGCACUUGUUGUAGAGUUAAAGGAACGUUUUUCUAUCUGUUUGGAUUAGAAAAUGUAAAAGGAGUGAUUGACUUCCAUCAAAAGUUCUGAGGUUUAAGGGAACGUCUCCAUCUCUCUAAAUUCAAUAUUCUUGGAUUUGACGUCUUUAGAGAUCUGUACCAAAUGCUACUGUAACUUUUACUAUUAAAAAAAAAAUAUAUAUAUAUAUACUGUAUAUAUAUGGGGAAUAAACCAGAUUUUAUGUCUAGCUAAAUUGAGACAUAACCAUGCAAAAUGUUAACCCUUGCAAUAAACACUAGGGGUGUCCCAAUCUGAUAUUGAUAUCGGAUAUCAGCAGAAAAAAACAAAAAAACAAUAUCAGAUUAAAAUCUCUGAUAUCAGCACUCCGAUACAACCCGUCUCUUCCAGACUCUGCAAGCUGACACACUUGUCCGCUGAUUCAGGGAAGAUUUGGGUAUCCUGCAACAACUCCGGGAAAGAUCAGGGACAUGCAGUUUGAGACUUCAGGAGGAGGGACUACCUGCAACAAUUUCAGUACAUCAUUCGAAAAGCAGCCUGAAGUCACAGUGAAGUGAUCUGCCCUGAUGCAUUUCAACCUUAAACCCUCUACAAAUCCAGGGCUGUUGAGGCUGAGACAAAUACAGGAAAUCAGUCAUGUGACUGUUAACAUUCGUGUAAAGUGAGAGCAUCUGAAGAAGUGCAUAACCGAGGAAAAAUCACUUGAUAAAAGAUCGUCACAUCUGCGUCCUCUGAGUGUUUUUUCUUCUUCUCUAUUUUCCUUGUAAAUGGAUAUUUGAAUUGCAGCCUCAGAGAUGCUCCACACCAGUAAAACAAGUGCGUUCACAUCUGCCAUAUUCAUCCACUCCUCUCCAUCCUUACUGGUAUGUGUAACAUGAGAUUUGAGACGACCCUCGUGCCAGCUGCUCCUUGUUCUCCAGGGUGGGACCCUUCCCUUCAGUGAGCGAGCCUCAUAAUAUUUGUCUCUAUUAGAGACGCCUCCAACGUCCAAUCAGUAAUUGGCGCACGUUCUCCUCUUCAAAGACUUCUGAAAGUGGGAACCAGCGCGGGCCGAUGAGUGACGCUCUGGGUCUGGGUGUGGGACGGAGAGUCGGGGGGUGAAGGGUGAUGUGUUUGGGCUUUCAUCACACGCUGACUCGACAUGAUUCAGCUCAGAUCACCCUUUGACCUCUCCUGGCUGCCGAACAGCAGUUUUGGCAUAUGGGUGUUCAUGCUAUGGUCUGAACCCGUGACAUGGCUGUCAUUUCAUGUCUGCUAUUACCGAAGGAAAUGCGCUCGUGUUGCAGAGACUUCCUUUAUUUGUUUGUUUGUUCAGUUUCUCUACUAAGAGAGAGAAAAAAACCUCCUUUGCCUCCGUUUAGAUUUGGAAAAGUUCGAUCUGUUAGUCCCUGUGGGUUUACACAAACUCCCUGAUAUUUUAUUUGGAUUGUCCUGCAUUUUAAUCACUUUGAUCUCUUGUUUUGUCUGUUAAAUAGAAGAAAGUGUAAGUGUCACUUAAAGAAGCCUCAUGUUUUCAGAAAGUCUCUCAUCAGUAGUUUCACUGGAGACUGGAUCAUUUUCACUCGGUUAAACCUGAACUGUCCAGAAUCAUCGCAGGAACAGAUGUGAAUCUUCUUUUAAUGCUUUAUUUGAGCUUUCAAAUGAUCCGCUCUCACUAUCGAGGGCACAGAGGGAGUAUCGCAUGAUUGACUUGAAUAUUCACUUCACUAAGUGAGUGAGCAGCAAUGUUUUCUGGGGAAUUUUAUUUUUCUGGCUUUCCAGGUCUAUGUCUUCAGUUUGCCAAGUGUGAGGAUGAUCUGAGUACGAGCUGCCACUCUUUGAACGUCCCUUUGCAGAUGAACUAAAUCAAACCUGUCUGGUUGAAAGCCCGGGACCUUUGUAGGCGUUGUGUAGCUGGACUUAAAAGUGACGUCCAAAGUUUGGGGAACCAUUUCUGAAGUUUUGGAAAUAUUGACAUUCACCUUCAAAUCAUCGGACAGUGAUCAAACCUGUGAUAAAAAAUUCAGACAUGAAAGGAAAGAGUGGUGAAGAAGUCACUUGUUUCCUCCUUCCAUAUCUUCCUUUUCCUCUCUUCAGUUUGCACAUUUGCUUGCUGGCAGCUGUUUUGUCUAUGAUCAUGGUCUUCAUUAAUUACUCCACAAACUUAUUUUCUUAACAUUUCUUACUUUCAUCUUUUCUUCCCCCCCCCCACCCCCCACACACACACACACACACACAUUUUCAAAUCCAGUUCAUCGAGACCUUUGGAUCUUGUUUGCACGAAAAUCUUCCACCCCAGGUCUCUGUUGGAGCAUUAGGGGUACCAGCUUUUAGCAUUCUGGUGGGCCCAGCGGCCCCACAGCGACAAGCCCCUAUGCUUUUUAUUUGGCCCGUAGCCUGGAGGUGUCAGAAAUAUCGACACGCUUUCACGUGACGGAGACUUUGCCAGCCUUUUUCCCCCCUUUCUUAAGCCCGGCAUUCUGCCUGCCCAGCCAGGUAUUGUAGGGCCCCGUGAAGGCCCUGUGAAUAGUGUCAAACUUGAUAGUUCUCAUUUUGCUUCCUGUACAUGGCAGAAGAAAAAGUGCCCACCGUGUGGGUUUUCCUUUUGUGACGGCCCUCUCUAGUCCUCCUGGGAACACAGCACAUUCCAGCCACAAUCUUUCUCUUUGUGAAUCCGGGUAUUGUGGCUGAGUCUGUUAUGCCGAUAACCCUGCAAGCUCUCAGUGUAAUGCAUGCAAGUAUCAUAGGAGUCUAGACUCGUACUUUUGCAAACAAUGCCAGAUAAUGAGCAGAGUGUUUUCAGUGAUUUGGCAGAGCUUUUGUUUUGACACAUCCUCCCUCACUCAUGAAGGGGCUUUUGUGCUCAUCCACGCCUAAGAUGUGAUUUAAGGUCUGCUACAUCUGGACAAAUUAUUGCACCAGUUUACCAUACAUGGGCCUCAUGUGUCAGUUAUGGUUUAUGUAACGUACAUACGCGUAACCAUAGUCUGGCCUGCUAAUCCCAAGGGUAUAAUUUCUAAUGCGUCUCAGAGAGGGAUUUCAUGCAUCUAUCCUCCGAACAGACCAGAGCAGACCAGAGCCGAGCAGACUGCAGAGCCACUAAAUGUUUCUGACUGCAAAUUUGAUUUACCUAAACCUUAAAAGGUACUUUUUGUUCGUUAUUUUUUCUUCUUGACUCGCAACUCCAAAUGUGUAAUGGUUCAUGGGGAACAAAGUAUUUUAAUGGUUCUUGUUUUCUCUCCAAAAUUCUCAGGAAGUUUUUUUUUUUUUUCUCUUUUUUUUUUUUUUUUACCUCUGGCAUUUGAAGGAAAGAGUCUUUGAACAUUAUCCAUGAAAAUGAAAGCUUACAUCCUGCAGAAAGGCAUUUUCUCUCAAACAUUUUGAUUACCUGCUGCGCCGUCCAACAUGUAAAAAGAAUAACCUGGCACCUCCUGUUGUUGCUUUCUUACACUUUCUGUGUGUUGUUGUGUCAUGGAGCUCCCACCAUUACCCCCUUUGGGUGAGGAGAACAUGUUUUCUUCCUCUCUGUGACAAGAAGGAAUUGUUAAGGUUAAGUAGAUAGGGCAGCCGGAAAUAAUUACCGAGCACUUGUGAAGUUUCCCCCCCCUCCUUUGUUCGUCUUUUCCCUUUCAUUUGAACAAUCUUUUCAGUGUGCAGAUCUUGUUUAUGAUUAAACUCAGUCUGCUCUCGCGUCUGAGCGCGGCGAAAGACAUCUCUCUGAAAGAAGCGGCACUUUGGAGGAGUCCUACCUGUAAUUUACAGAGCUUUAACACCCUCAGACCCUUCUUUUUGCCAAAGGAGAGGCAGGCUUUUGUGGGGAGUUCACGCACACCGACCCUCUCUCUACAAAUCAAGCAGCAGAUGACAGACAAAGAUGAAAUUUUGAUUCUUUGAAGUUGAAAUGAGUAAAAUUCUUGUAUUGAAAGGAGAGCGCCCCGAGUCUUGGGUGGCUGGUGCCUGCAUGCUGGGAGGUUCGUCUGGGUUUUGUCGCCGACUUCCCAACGCUUGUUUGCUAAUUCCCUGAAGAAUUGGACCAGAUCCUUGAUAGGAGCUUGAAGGGGCUCCAGUUGCUCAGGAAUAUGCAUUUAGCACGCCUGAAGGCCCCUCCUCCUUCUCUUGUCGCGCUGGCCUACUUUCUGAAGGUCUGGAAUAAAUCACCUCAAGUAUAAGGCAUUAAUUUCAUCCACCUCCAUACGAAAGAGUACAAGAUCGCUCUUAUUAAUCGCUCUCAUCCUCUGUGUCCAGUAUUUCCACAGGUAUGAGCUGUGUUUCUUUUCUGUUUACAACAUGAUCUUCAUUUGAAAACCUCCUCAAGUCCCACAAACGCUGCCAGACGUUUACGACACAAAAGGAAAUAAUCUCAUCAAAGGAAAAAAGUCCCAAAAGAUUUUGAAUGAUGACGGUCCCCUGAGAGUUUUACGUAAAUUAGAUUAAAAAAACGAUGAAAAAUAAUGAAGAUGUGACAUUUAAACCAAACAAACGUGUUUUUCUAACAUCUGGAGAAGAAGAUUUACAGACCAUGUCAUCUCUGCACAGCAGAUCUUGUAACAGUACGUUUUUAUCACGCAGAGAGAACAUCCCAUCACACAAACAAUAAAAAAACAAUCCAGACUUUUUAGCUGAGUUUACAGAGCGUAUAAAUAUGUCCACUCCAUGGCUCCUUCAUCUUUUAGUAUUUCUCUGACGCCGAGGAUGUACCUGAGCUAUUUUUGACCUCCAUAUUUACAGCUGGAGAUAAAUCUUAACUGAAUCAUGUGAGGAACAAAAAAAAAAAAAAAAACUAAAAACCAUGAAACAUCUGAAACAAGCAGCCGCUCAUUUUCCUAAAGCCCUGUUUCCUGACACUGGAAACAUGUUGUCUGAGCUUAAAGUUGUAUAUUUUUAAACACCUGCAGGCUGACUUUAGAACAACCUGUUUUUAACAACACACUCAUGUAUCAUCACUGCAUGAGCUCAGGAGGGAAAAAAACAGUCACCAAGUCAAAUAAGAGUCAGCAGAGUCUGUUCAUCAUUCUUACAAGCCCCAGUAUAAACGAGAAGCUGUGUCUGUGCUUUUGUUUUUGUUCUUUCAGUCAAAUCUUUAAAUUUCAUCCGUUAACUCAACAACCUCACUCACGGUCACACGCUGCUGUUUUUCUGUCUGUCUCUCAGGACAUCACCACGCUGACGGGGGUCCCAGAGGAGCACAUCAAAACCCGUAAAGUCCACAUCUUUGUUCCCGCCAAAACGGCCAUGCAGUCUGGAGUCAACAGCACCAAGAAGUGGAAGAUGGACUUUGACACCAGAGAGCGCUGGGAGAACCCGCUGAUGGGCUGGGCCUCAACGUAAGAACAUGUUGCCUGUACUUUAUAAUAACAGUAAGAGGAAUCAGGGACUUGUUUCUGUUGUGACUGUCUUCCUUUCUUUUUUUUCCAGUGGUGAUCCCUUGUCCAACAUGAUGCUCUCUUUCUCCUCCAAGGAAGAUGCCAUCGCUUUUGCCGAGAAGAACGGUAAAGCAUAUCAGUAUAUUUACAGAUCUUUGAAAUCAGUCGUAACAUUCAAACAAAGCUCAGGUCGACUUUUUUUUAACACUGAUGUCAUAUCAGGCUGCUGUUUUUAAGAUCCUCCUCUUUAGCUUAUUUCAAAUCUGUUUGUUGAAUCUGUCGCCAUGCACACACCACGUACGGAGGAUUUGGUUCCCAUCACCGCAGCUCUUUGCCGCAUGUCUUCCUUUAUCCUGCACUUCCUCAAUUAAAGCAGAAAACCUCAGAAAUAACUUGACUAAUGAUGCAUAAUGAGACUGUGAACUUCAAGCUAUCAGACAUUCAAACAAAGUAUAAAGAGCUUGUCCCCUGAACACCCCAAACCUAAUCUACUGUGAUUAACCAGUAAACACAUGAUAAGUCCUUAUAAUUUCAUACAUAUGAUAAACACACAGAUGCAGUUAUUGUUACUGGAAUAAAUCAAAUGUGUACUUUUGAUGAACUCCAAUCUUCAGCUUUCGACCCUCGUUGCCCUCGACUAACAGCGAACAGUUUUUAUUCGCAGCUUAUUAAACUUUCAAAUGAGGUGAUAUUUGGUUGUAGUGAUACAGCACCUGAUAAAAUACCUUUAUAGCAUCAAAGACAGCCAGUGUCGCCCUGUGGGCCUGAUUUCAUUAUUAAGAUAUAAAACAUGAAGAGAAUACCGGUGACACAAUCCUGAGAGAAUUUAUGAGAGUCCUGGGUGGGUAAACGUGAACCUCUGUGGACGACGUGGUUUAGAAAGUUCAUUUGCAUUGAGAGAACUAAACCAUCUGGGAGAGUUUGUUGAAACUGAGCAAAGGAAACUGACUUACUUUGUUUAUUGCAACAUGAGAGUGAUUAGUGCAGAUCUGACUCCACACAGCCUGUUGAUGUCUGAGUAACACCUCAUUGUGGCUGGAACCGGUCCAAAGUGAAUAUACGUGACGUUCUCGCCCUCAUCACUUAACUCGUGUGUUUUUCUUUCAGGCUGGAGCUACGACAUCACAGAGAAGAGGAGCGCGAAGCCCCGAGUCAAGUCCUACGGAGCGAACUUCUCCUGGAACAAGAGGACCAGGAGGUCUGCGAAGUGAAGUGAAGACGGCCACCUGUUAGCUGCUUUGACCUCAGCGUGUCCCACAGUCGACCUGUAUCAUUCUUGUCAAUAAAUGCAUAAUUAUAUACGUGUGAACCAAACAUUUGGGUCAUUAUCGCCUUUUUUCUUCAAACACAC